AGCUUGCCUUGCUCGAGCGAAGAGAGCUCGAAGCUCUGGUGCUGUGAGAGGUGAGAGGAAGUGUAGCCGCUUGCCAUGGGACUCUCCGUCUCCUCGCGAAAACCACGAAUCUUGGUGCAAAGGAUCGAGCGCGGUCAUUGUGGGACUGGAUAGCGCAGGGAAGACUACCUUGCUCUACAAGAUGUCGCGAAACGUGGACACGACAAUCCCCACCAUCGGCUUCAACGUGGAGAAGGCCACGUUGAAGUUUGACAAUAUGGAGCUCAUUAGUGUGGAUGCAUGGGAUGUUGGUGGCCGCGAUAAGAUCCGACCAUUGUGGCGACACUUCUACAAAGACAAAGAUGCCGUGAUCUUUGUGGUGGACAGCAACGAUCGCGAGCGCUUGGGUGAGGCGGCGGACCAGCUUUUGAGUAUGUCACAGGAAGAGCUGCUUGCAGGGAAGCCGAUUUUGAUCUUUGCCAACAAGCAGGACCAUCCCCAUGCUGCAAAAGCUUCUGAACUUGUGGAGAAACUCGAACUCCACCGCCUUCGCCAUGCAAAGUGGCAUUUGCAGGAAAGUGCUUUUCUGGAAGGCAAAGGCAUCACGGAAGGCCUUCAGUGGUUGAUGGCAACCCUGCAUGGAGCGCCGAUCUCUUCGGGCCUGCCGAAGACAAAGGAGUCGCCGAAGGACUUGGAUGAGGUCUCCACCAGCGCCGGCUCGGAUGUCUCGACCUUGUAGACGGCGAAAGCGAGCAGAGCAAGCAGAUAUUCAGAUGGCUUGACAGGCGAGUGCCUUGUGCAGAGUGUGCUCGCGGCGAUGUACAGCGACCGCCUGGACUGAGUGAGCCUGCACCAGCAGGUCUCUGAGCAGCUUUCCAAAAGAGAAGGGACUGUUGUGAGCGUGUGAUUUUCUAGUGUGACCCAUUUUUAAGAUGAUAUUCCAAAAGGAUGUUAUCUUCAGAUGUCAUCUUAAGGUAACUUCAUUUUGUGAGGUGCAGACAACAUAUCUCAAGUCCUGAGAUUAGCGCUUUUGCACUGCCUUGACAUAUGAAUUGCAUACAUUAUGAUAAGUUUCAUAUGUUUGC